AUGUGGGAGCUCCUGGACAUCAGUGUGAUCCAUAGCAAAUGCAUCUGCAUUAAGUGUCCGAGGAUAGAUGAGUUUUGUCUUCGGAUUUAUGAACUGGUGGCCAAACUGCAGACAUUAAUGCACAUGAAGGGAUGCCUAAGAAGGGAGGAGGAGGCCAGGCCUGCGGCCCAACCUGCCAGAUCCUUGGACCCAAUUACCUAUCAGGUCCUGGUGAAGGAGCUCGCAAAAUCUCACGAGAUGUUGGGCAAGCAGAUAGAGGAGAAGCUGACCCCAAUCUCUGUCAUGUUGCAGAAGAUGGCAGCUUUAGGCGGAGUGUCCCGGCCUCCCAGCCACCUUACUCCCCGGCUGCAGUAUGUCCAGCAUCCGCUGUCCCGCCUCGGGGACCCAGAGACCAUCAGUGUCCGGGGCUUCUCCCGUUCCGGAGACAAGACAUCGGCCGAUCCGUUCCCGCCGGCACCCACUGACCGUAACCGGCGCAGGGAGACAGUGGACUCGCCUCACUGCGGCCGCAGCAAGGAACCGGAGCCGGGAGGAGGAUCGCGGGUGUCGCUGGCCUGCAUUCCCGAGGGAGUGGAGGUGACAUUUGGGACUGACCCUGACAAACCCCGGCUCCCCAUCUUCGGUCAGCGAGCAGAUCUGGAAAAUCGUACAGACAGCAGAAUGAGCCAGAGCAGCAGGAUAAGCAAUAGAUCCCGCCCUGGGACCCAGCUCAGGAUUGAGAUCGAUGAGCUAGAACAUCAACUGCGUGAGAAAAUAAUAUCCAGCGGCUACUUUGCAGUAAAACAGCUCUUUAAAGCUAAUGAUCCUGAAGGAAAAGGACAGCUUAACAGGUUCAAGCUCAAUGAAAAGACAGUCAUUAAAUGUGAAGACUUUUAUGCGGCUGCUAGAGAUCCUAUCUCAAUGAGAGCAGCCUCUUGGCUUGAUCCUGUGACCCGACACAGUGACAAGGUUCUGGCAACUGCCUCCCAGGUGCACUUGCAGCUGAAGGAUAAAGUAAAGCAGAGGCUUUUGGACCUGACUGAAAUUCUGCCUCAGAAGAACAUUGAAGGGCCUGUUCGGAUCCUGGUUCCUGAGUUCAGGGACAUGCUGAAGCAACUGGGGUACCACAUGGAAGAUGACGAGUUUGAAAAAUUGUGGAGAAAAUAUGAUCCUGACGGUAUUGGUGUUAUUAAAGGAGAUGUACUAAUGAGAAAGCUUGGAGCUGAAUUCAGGAAUGGAACAGCACAUAACCAUGAAGGUUCUGCUGGAAAGUUAUCUGAUCAAAUGAGUUUGGAAGGCUCAGCAAGACUGACCAGGACCCUGACUAAAGCAGAGCAUGAACGGAACGCUUCUCUUCAUAUUGAAAAAUGGCUAAGAGACAAGUUCAGGGAAGGUUAUAACCUUAUGAAAGAAGAAUUUGAAAAAUAUGACCCAGAGGGAACCGGCAAGGUAUUACACAGAGACUUUCUGGCAGUCCUGGCAAUCUUUGGCCUCCACCUGAAAGAUGAACAUUUUAACCUGUUUUUGGCAAGAUGCAGUCUUGAAAACAGCAAAUCUGGGAUCAAGUACAUUGACUUCCUCAGAAACUUUCAAGAUCGAAGUGAAAAGGGAAUUCCGCAUAAAAUCUUGAACAACCCAAAGCACAAGUUCAACUGUGAAGGGAGUGUCAGUUUGUGCUCCACAGUAACUGCAAUUGAAGCAAAACUGACAAGGCUCUUUCAGUCAGACUUCCUGGCCCUAUUAGCCACUUUUCACAAAAUUGACAAACUAGGAAGGAAUAUCGUCAGUCAACAGGAAUUCCGAGCUGCCAUUGAGAGCAGGUUUGGUGUGGAGAUUACUGAUGAAGAGUUUGAGCUGCUCAUUGAUAGAAUCCCUCUUGAUGAAGAUGGAAAUGUCUGGUACCCCCAAUUCAUGGCCAUGUUUGACUCUAGGAAAGGUGUUUCUAGCAUUUUUGAUGAGAAGAUAUCAAGGCCUAAAGGGUUUCACGAGAAUGAGUUAUCCAACCAGCUGGUUGAAGACAGAAGAAAUGGUAGAACUCCAGAUCAGCUCUUCCAGAUUAUUAAAACGCUGUUAUGUAAUCAGUACCAAGAGGUUGAGAGAGAAUUUGAAGAGUUGGAUGAAAUUAAUUCAAGGCGAUUGAACCAUGAAACCAUGUACCGACUUCUGAAACGGUUUGAUAUUUGCCCAGAAGUAACUCGUGGUGAGAUUCGGAAGCUUUGGCAAACGCUGAUCACCAACCAGGAUAAGACGUUGGACUUCCUGGAGUUUGUGAGGCAUUUUGGUCACUCCCCUAAAUCUGCUUGUUUUCCCAAUGCCAAAAUCAGCCCUCCAAGAAAAGGAGACUGCGACUUUCGAAUGCGUUCAAAAAACCUCAACUGUGCAUCUGAUAUCCUGGUGGACAGUGUUCGUGCCAAAGUGGACUACUUGUGGGAUGAUCUUAGAAAAGAAUUUCAGGAGCUUGACCCUUACAGCACUGGCUUUGUCAGCAAAGAAGAGUUUAAAGAUAUCUUGACUGAAUUGUGUAUGAAUUUGAAUGAAUACGAGUGUGAGAUGCUGGCAAAGAAAUUCGAAAUCAAUGGAGAUGGCCGGGUUUAUUACCUGGACUUCUUGAAGCCAUUUGCAAUGCGCAGGCAACAAUGGCGGGAGGGAAGCAACAUGCUGGCAGUCCUGCAGCAUCCUAAUACUCACUUUACUGAUCAUCAAGGGACAGGGCUGGACAGCAUCACAACCAGGCUCCGAAAAAAGUUAAAAGGAGAGUGGAAAUCCUUACGCAGAGCGUUUAAGAAGUUGGACAACACCAGCAGUGGUUACUUAUCUCUGCCAGAGUUUCGUGCUGUGCUCAAACUCUGUGACCUGCUCCUGAAUGAGGAUGAAGUAUAUCACAUCAUGUCAAAAUUUGACGAAAACCUGGAAGGCAAAAUCAAUUACAAAAAGUUCCUGGAGGAGACCUACAAAAAAGAGAAAAUUUGUGCAGGAAACAAAGAUUCCAACAGCAAUGAGUAA